AUGGAAGUUAAUCAAUCGGCCGGAAGCCAGCGGCGGAAAAGAGGCUACAACCGAUUAACUCUGUCAAGCCGUAGAAACCUUAAAGUGUCCAAGUUAGGCGGCUCCAAGCGUUCAUGGCGGCUCAGGCUCACACCGAAACUGCGGCUGGUCAGGCUGGCUUCGCCGCUCCGGCUGUGGCGGCGGUUGAAGAACGCCUACAUGAACAUGAUGCUCAAGUUCGCCGGAAACGGCUCCGGCGGCGCGAACGCCGUUAAUGCUUUUGGGGUUAAGAGGAUACCGAAAGCACGUGGCGUCCCGAUGGCUUACUCUAGGACGGAGUUUGAGAACCGGCUGAUUUUCGAGAUCUACAAGUCAAUGGUCGAUUCUUUUGAACUGGGCUACCAAAAGCAAGUAUAG